CUAAACCCCCUAAAACCCCCAACAAGCCUUCGUGUUGACACAGAGAUGUGACGAAUGCCCUCAGACGACGUUUCUAGGAUGCGGAGCCUGCUGAAUGCUCGGCGAUCAAUCCAGGAGGCUCUUGAAAGGCUAUUUGUUAACCUAAAGAUGCCAGCCGGUACUUUAGAGAGAACUUCUCCAUCCACUGUGGCUGCCACACCGAGUGGAGACUCCGCACCCGACAAACCCCGGACCCUAUCAGAGAACAGAAAGUCCUCCAAACCAAUCAUGGAAAAACGGAGACGCGCGCGCAUCAAUGAGAGUCUGGGCCAGCUGAAGACCCUCAUCAUGGACGCACUCAAGAAAGAUAGCUCCAGACACUCCAAACUGGAGAAGGCAGACAUCCUUGAGAUGACUGUGAAGCACCUCAGGAACCUGCAGCGACUUCAGAUGACUGCUGCUGUGAACACAGACCCAUCCAUUCUGGGUAAAUACAGAGCCGGGUUCAGUGAGUGUGUAGGAGAGGUCACUCGUUUCCUGUCCACUUGUGAAGGGGUGAACACAGAGGUGAGGACUCGCCUCCUCAGCCACCUGGCGGCUUGCGUGACCCAAAUCAAUGCUGUGAACUUCUAUACACCUCACCCAGGUGCACUGGGACUUGGACAGACUGGUACACAGCUCCCAGCUGCUUCCGCUCCACAGAUGCCUUUCAAAAGUGGCUCAGCGAUGCCCGUCUCCUCAGAAGCAGUGAAGCUGUACGGUGGCUUCCAGGUUAUGCCCACACCGGAUGGACAGUUUGCUUUUCUUGUUCCCAGUGCAGCUCUCGUGCCUCUGGGUGCACAAAACAGCCAUCACAUGUCACCUGCUGCACCUCCGGUCACCUCAGACUCUGUGUGGAGACCGUGGUAGGAAAUCAGCUGAAGGACUAUCACACAAUGAAACAUAUUUUUGUACAUUUUGUAAAUGGUUUCAGAUCCUUCUUGAGAGGGAUGUUUACACACGUUUUUUUAUAUGGACAUUAGGAUAUUAUGUGAUUUUCUCUGUUUUUGAUAUGGCACAUUUCAAUUGCAUCAGGAGGUCAAAGAAAAACUCUUGAAAAAGCACUGUAUUUUUUGAGAUUAAUAAAAUGUUUAUAUGAUGUUUACUA